GCGACUAAAUGCCAUCUUGUAUUGCUGUUACACACACAGCCUCGUCAUAUCAUAUAAAACGCUGCUCUGCACCGUCAGAGUCAGUCGGGUUUGAAGGUUUGACCAGGCCAGACUACUACAUGCUCUAGAUAAGUGGACGAGCCUGAAAAGAAAUUCAGAAUGUUACCUGUUGUGCUUAUCGUCAUCUCCAUUGUGAGAGUUCUCAUCGCCAGGCCCUCCAUGGACUACUUGGAAAAUCACUUUAAUUUGGCAAACGAGCCUAAAGAGGUUCGCUCUAAGGCUAUCAAACAACUUUUAGAAGUAUUUGGGAUGGAGGACCCUCCUCUAACCAGAGGAAACAAACAAGCACCUCAGUACAUGUUGGACUUGUACAACACUGUGGCUGAUGUGGACGGGGUGACCAAGGAUCCACAUCUUCUCGAGGGAAACACGGUUCGCAGUUUCUUCGACAAACUACGCAGUGAGCAAGUUGAAUACAUGUUCAAUUUGUCAACGGUGGCUAAGAGCGAAAAGAUCCUCACUGCAGAGCUCCAUCUAUUCAAACUAAGGCCUCAAGUGUCAGUGGCUUUCAACAGGCAUCAUUACUGCCAGGUCAAUGUCUACCAGCUUCUGGAUGGUGGGAAAACGGAUGCUUCUCAGGGAAAGAAACUGCUGUCCUCGCGUCUCAUUCCUGUCCACUCCAAUGGAUGGGAGGUGUUCACCAUCACCCAAGCAGUCCGCUCCUGGAUGUCAGAUAAGAGCAGCAACUUGGGGCUGUUGGUGACUGUGAAAACCCUAGCAGGCAGCCAGAUGGACAGCAGUGUGCUGAGGUUUGCCUCUGGCCGUGACCACCACCAUAGCAAGCAGCCCAUGCUGGUCUUAUUCACUGAUGACGGACGACGCACUGCCAGUCCCGAGAGCAACAUAAAAGAUGGUGAAGCCCCUGUGCCCACCCUGCCCAUGCUGCCCAUGCUCGGCGCAGGCCGGCGCAGCGCCCGCUCUCUGGACUACGACGAGGGCGCCGAGAGGACGUCCUGCCAGCGCCAGCCGCUCUACGUGGACUUCGAGGAGAUCGGCUGGUCCGGCUGGAUCGUGUCGCCGCGCGGCUACAACGCCUACCACUGCAAGGGCUCCUGCCCCUUCCCGCUGGGCCAGAACAUGCGGCCCACCAACCACGCCACCGUCCAGUCCAUCAUCAACGCCCUGAAGCUCACCAAGGGCAUCGACACGCCCUGCUGCGUGCCAGACAAGCUCUACUCCAUCAACCUGCUCUACUUCGACGACGACGAGAACGUGGUGCUGAAGCAGUAUGACGACAUGGUGGCUGGGAGCUGUGGCUGCCACUGAGACUUCCCUGUGUGAACUCUCUUCCCUCUGGGCUGCCUAACACACCACACUCUAGACCUGCAGUCUUUAAAAAAAAAAGGGGUUCUUAGGGUGCUAAAUAGAACCAUACAGGCUUUAAAGAAUCCUUAGGGGUUCCUUUGAUGAAUGCUUCAAAAUGGUUUAAAGAACCAUCUAGAGGUGCCAUAUAUGAAGCAUGUAAUAGAACCAUUGUUGGUUCUAUAUAGCACCCUUUUUGUUACUACUCAACACUGACAGGAUUGCAACUCUCUGUAAAGGACACUAUCAUCUCUCAUCAGGCCCAUUUUAAAAGUCACUGGGCACCAUUAUUCUGCAAUAGCCGCUCGGCUCUACCGGAAGCCAGUAGCACUAUGAGAUCACGAAGGUGUGUCCCAGUGGGGUAGAGUGCAGAAGAGGCCCAGUGUUUCUCUGUUGUGGUCAGUAGUUGACAUGUUGAUAAGGUGCUGCUUACAAAGCUGCCAUGACGGACGAGUUUACAAGGCCUUUUCACCAAGUUGUAAAAUAUGUACAUAGAUAUAAAUGUUUAAUAUAUGGCGGGGUAUGCGUCAACCUGUAAAGGAUGUAAUUUUGUAUAUAGCAUGUUGUGAACUAUUAUAAAGCUUUAAUAAAUUUUGAAAUGA